AUGGUUGAUCUCACAGGAUGUAAACCUGACAGUAUGAUCUUCAUGGCUCUCUCAGCUGUGGAGUCAAGCCUAGCCAAUGACAUCCAGGCUCUUUUCAAACUUCCCAGAAAAGUGGCUUUAACUGAGGGAAGAUAGAAUCUUGAGAAGAAGGUGGAGACUGAUCCAUCCUGCAGCGUUCCCUUGAUCAGUGUGCUGGCCAAAGAGCUGGAGAAGAAGCUAAAGCAGGUUGUCAGGUUCCAUGAUUCCUACCAGACUUUACCAGAGAGUGUACCAUUACCAUUGCCUUACUCUGCCGUGGCCCUGAGCAUUAAGAUGGAAAUGACCACACCAAGCUCUUUAUAUCAGAGGAGAGUCAUUGCAGAGCAGAAUUUGAAGAAUAAGCAUUUCAUCUUGCAGGAAAGGGUGUUCGUGCUCGCAGAACCAGCUGUGUUUUCUGCUCCACUGGAAGCAACAGUAAGAGCAUAUUUGGAAGUAUCCAGCUUAUCCAGGGAUACAUCAACCGUGAAGAAAAAUCAAAUGAUACGUGUUCUGCAGAAGGGGCUGGGGACAGCAUACCAAAGUUGUAGACAGGCUCAGGCUCUGGUGAUGACCUGCUCCAGCUAUGAUGUGAGUUCUGUGGUGGAGGAGGUCUCUGUGUCCAAUCUGGAGGCAGACAUCCUAGAGUUCAGACACCUUAAAGAAAGGGUUUCAAAGGAACCUUCUGCACGCAGAAAGAAGUCAGCAGUGGAAGUCUUUGGGGCAACCAUCACAGCCAGUUAUACAAAGGUACUUAAAUCUCAAAUGAAAAGUUGUAAUGGGAGAAGCACCCAGACAUGUGGCAUGGUGAUUACAUCAGAGCUGGCCGCUGUAAGUCUAGGUGAGGAUUACCUUACUGUCACUUUUGACAGUGUGAACCCAGGAUGCAAAACCUUGGAUUGGCCAAUGAGCAUUCGCAGACAAAUCCGGGUGGCCUGCCGUAUCGGGAAACCGGUGGACUGUCAGAAAAUUCAGUUUAUUCCAGCCCUCUCUGUGUGUCUGCUGUCAUUCGCACUGAUAGAACUUUCUCCAUGCUUGGACCCAGGAUGCAGCAUCUGCUCCAGGUUCAGUAUCAGUAAUGAGUGAGAACUGCCACUGAGCAAGUAUUGCAAAGUCCUGUCACUGCCAAUCAACACCUUCACUGGUGUGACCCUGUGA